AUGGCUUGGGACGUAGCCACAUCAGGACACGGGAGAACCAUUCCACGAAGCAAGAGCAUCAAACUUGCCAUGCAAUUUGCUACAGAGCCUGUUUUCGUAGCGACGUGCCUUCGGAACGGAAGAUACGUCGCACUGGCAUGCCGGAUCAAGAUCGAUUUCAGCAAGGCUCGUGUUACAGUUCAGGUGCCCUUUCAUGAUUGGAUGAAAAAGGCAGAGAUGAAGGACCUGCGAGAUGCGGUACUGGAAAAUAUGCGCAAUCGGGAAGAAGGGCUAGAAGUCCAUAUAGCCACCGACGAUUCCGUGAUGAGCCUGCUUCUCGACCUCCUCCCUAGGGCAGGUUCAGAAAAAUUCGAAAAUUGGAGUGGGGUGGCCCUUGUGGGUGAGGUGCUCGCGCGUGCGAGUUCGAACAUGCCCAAACGCGACUUUGAGGAAGUGGUUCGGUCGGUUAUUGAAGUUCGGGACGCACUUACAAGGCCUUAA